AUGCACGAAUCCGUCGCGCCAGACCGCUGGUGUGUGACCAAGCAUGAUCUCAAAGACUUGCGCAGCGAAGUGUUGAAAGCUAUACAAAGUGGUCAAAUUGCUUCUCCGAGCUCAACGAGCAGUCAAAGUGAUGAUGAUAGUGAGACGAGCAUGGAUGAUGAUUACUACUAUGGACCCAGCAUUUAUACCGUCAAUGAGCAGUACAUCAAGCCGGUCACUGCGCACGCCGGCAAGAUGAGCUGGGCGUUGAUGCGAAACCCCUACGGCUUGAAGUGCGACUUAUUCGUCAGCCAUGCCUGGCAGGAAGGAAUCUUCGAGUUUCUCUCCAAAGUGCUGAGCUCCUGGCCCUUGGCCGCACAUCGUGCGAGACAUGCUUGGUGCUGCAUGUUGGCCAAUCCACAGAACCUCAACAUCGGUUCGAUGCUCCAAUCGCCCCGUUCCUCACCUUUUGCGUUGGCCUUACAAGCGGCCAGCUAUGUCAUGGUGGUGCCCAACCGACAUAAAAGCGUCUACAGUCGCCUCUGGUGUGGCUACGAGGCCUAUGUCGCCUCGGAGGAUGCCAAGAUCAUUCGGAUUGCCACCGCGCCAUCUCGGAAGCCCAUGGGCUUAGCAUUGCUUGGAGCGUCUUUGCCCAUGCUUCUGGGUACCUCCCUGGGCAUCUUGGCACGGGUCUUUGAUUGGGAGGUGAGAGUGGAGGGCGUUCUGGUCGCCACUCUGGCAGCGUUGUUGAGCGCCUUCACCCGGAAACGUUGCAAUCAGGCUGCGAACUAUUUGGGACUGCUGGUAUGUACCUGCUUGGAAAUACGUUGGUCUCCCUUACGGAGAGCCUUGAGGUUUCAAGCGUUGCCACCCCCAAUCGAGAACAUUGCACAGCACGUCACGUUUCUGGGCUUCACCAGCUACUUCGUUCUGGCCGAGAGCGACCGUGUGCGCAGCCUCCAGAUCGAGGAGGAAGGGCGCCAGCUACGGAAAGGUUACCAGGGCUCAAUUCGUUUUGCCGACUGCACCGGGGCGGCGGACCGGCAGAACAUUUGGGAUGAAAUUGGAGACAAGGUGGACGCCGUGGACCACGCGGUCCACGUCCUCAUCUCCGCGGGCGUCUCCUCGCCAGCGCUGCGCUGCGCUGAGGAGCAGGGCGUCGACAUCCAGGACGCUGGCCAUGCGGAGGUGGCCAUUGCUGUGGUCUUUUUGGGGCCCUUCCUUUGCCUCAGCAUUCUGAACCCAACAGUUGUGAUCCUGGUGGAUGAGCAGACCACUCUGAGUUGGACCAACACCAGCGUGGUUCUACUCGGAGCUUUUGCGCGGCUGAUGUUCCUGGUGGUCAUGUGCGCCCGUUCACUGGAUGAGCGGAGCUUCAUGCUGAAAGUCAUUUCCAAGCUGAUGACCAGCGUGGGCCUUCCAGCCGUUUCAGUGAUUGCAGUGAUCGUCCAUUUCAAUGACCACGUGGCCUCUCUCGUGGUGAAAUGGGUCUUCACUAGCUUCCACGCCACUUUUGUCGUUUCACUCCUCUUCGCCCUCCUUGGAAUCAAGGGCACCCUUGCUCUCCCAGGAGGUAAACAUCUCUUGCAGUACUUCUACGCCCGGAGGUUGUGCUACAGCGGUCCCGGGAAGUCAUCUCCAUCGCUCAGUUCCAGCGACACUGAGUGAGAUCGAGAUGGCGUCGAAGGCACCGGGGGGAGGGAACAUCUCGAUGCACCAAAAUGAAGUCCUCAAAUGACAUGUGCAUAGAUUGCCAUGGAUCCUGAUCAGACUAACAGAAUCUGCGGUGUUGAUUCAUCAGGGAUAGCAUAUCUUACGCAUGAUUUAAGAAGCUCAAUUACUUGUCUACAGCCCACAGGCAUUGCUCCAUGUGCUGUUGCAUCUUUGGAGAUCAUUUGAGGCCAUCAAGUUGCCACACGUUUUGG